CAUUUCAUUGGUCGAUAAACACUGACAUGGCAGUCGAUGUACACAAUCGCCCACAUGCAGCGUAUUAAAAAUGGACUUAUGACGAGAACUGUGUUAUACAGAUGAUAAUCGGAUGUUUGUAUAAGUAGAUGGAUUUAAACUGAUUACAUUGUAAAUUCCACACAGAUGAAGUUACAUAAUUCGACGUACUAUUUUGGAAAAUAAGACUCGAAGCGAGGUCGCACCGGCCUGUUGCCGGUUUGUGUAUAUUUUUACAUAAGUUCUUAUGGCAAAGCAAGGGCAAUUUGCUACGAAUUCUUGUCAAUUUCAUGCCUACGUGAUAUAACUUGAACUUCAUUUUUGGUGUGCUUAUUGUUCUUUUCAUUUCUGAGGUAAAAUCGAAUUUAGUGUGUGAUAAAAAAGGUCAUUUCCAGCACUUGACAGACCAAAGAAGAUGAUGAAGAUGAAUGUAACAGUUUUCUGCGUCGUGUUUACACUGAUAACAGUCUUCAAAUGGGACAACCUUGGAGUGAUGGCGGAGAAGUCAAAAUGUGACACUUGUAAUGCUAUUGUGAAUAAUUUUGAGAAGGGUCUGAAGAAAACAGCAAAAUCUAAUUAUGGUGGAGGAAAUACUAAAUGGGAAGAAAGUCGCCUAGGAAGUUUUGCUACCAGUGAGACAAGAUUUGUAGAAGUUAUGGAGGGUCUCUGUGAAGGUGAAGAUAAAAAUUGCCCCACCAUACUUGAAGAAAAUGAAGAACUUAUAGAAAAAUACUGGUUUAGUUUUUAUGCCAAAGGAUCAGAAGAGGACAUGAAGAUGUGGCUAUGUGUAUCUAAUAUGAAAGUUUGUUGUCCUGAAAACACAUUUGGACCGACUUGUCUUGAAUGUCCGGGAGGCAAGAUACGACCCUGCAAGGACAACGGUAAUUGUGAGGGAGGAGGCACACGGAAAGGCACUGGAAAAUGUAACUGUAAUACUGGUUAUGAAGGAGACCUGUGUGACAGCUGUAAAGAUGGAUAUUUUGAAGCCUCUAAAAAUGACACCCAUACAACAUGUACAGCGUGUCACAGAUCCUGUCAGUCCACCUGCUGGGAGGAGGGGCCAAAGGGCUGUGACGAUUGUAAAACAGGAUAUACUCAGACAGAAGAAGAUGGCUGUCAAGAUAUCGACGAAUGUUCUGCAGAAGCAUCUCCUUGUGAUAAUGGCAAAUACUGUUCCAAUACUGAAGGGUCCUACUAUUGUAAUUCUUGUCACAAGUCCUGUGACGGCUGUACUACGUUUGGAGCAGAUAAAUGUACAGAAUGUAAUGAGGGAUACAGACUGGAAGAAGAUCGCUGCACAGAUAUAAAUGAAUGUACAGAAGAAGGGGGAGCCGAGCUUUGUACUGGAGAACACAGGAGUUGUGUGAACCAGGAGGGUUCCUUCUCCUGUGAUUGUGAUUCAGGUUAUAUCGAGGAGGAGGAUCAGUGCAUAAUCAAACCCCCAGAGCCACCAAAACCAAAACAAUCCACUCCCUCGACAACGGAAGAGGAUAGCGCUUCAGAAAAUGUUGAGAAAGAUGAAUUAUGAAUGCCCAAGGUGUUUGAUAGCAAAAGUAUAAUAUAUGUUACAUGUGUCUCAAAAGUGUGUGAAAAUGAAAUAUAUGGUGGAAUAAAAGGUUAUAUUUGUCUUA